AUGGACAUUGGAAUCGCCAAUUUUUCCGACUACCUUCCUGUCAUUCUCAAUGACAUCUCUUCGAGUUGCUUUGUGGCUAUCGACUUUGAGUUAUCCGGCCUUGCUUUCCCACCAAGUGUGCCCUCAAUCACCACACCAACCGUGCAAGAAAGAUACCUUGAAGUCAAGGAAGCUGCCGAACGCUAUCAGAUCUUGCAAGUGGGUCUGACUAUUUGUCAUGAGGAUCCCCAUAAGGUCUCCUACACCCUUAAACCCUACAACUUCAACCUCAGUCCGAUUACUGACCCUGGAAACGAUGUGAAUCGGGACUGGGUAUUUGCAAGCCGGUCGAUGGAUUUUCUCCUGGCCCAGGGCUUCAGCAUUGAUACAAUGUGCAACACUGGCAUUCGGUACCUCUCUCGAGAAGAGGAGCAAUCAGCUCUUCGUACUGCUGCCGAUAGAUGUCGCACUCGUUCUCCUGCUUCGGACAUGCAGGUCCAACAAUAUGAUCAGGAGUGUUUAGAGUUCCUGCAAUCGGCCCGUCUCGCAAUCAACACAUGGCUGGCAGGGGGAGUGAAACGCGAAGAUUGGUUGAAUAUCCCACCACCCAGAACCAUCGAUGUCGCUAGUGGCGAGGUUCCUCCGGGUUUGAGCGGCAUUCAGAGACGACUUGUUCAUCAAUUGAUCCAUAUUGAAUACCCUACCUUGACGUCCCGCGGAGCGCCGACAUUUAUACAAAUUCAAAUGCGAAACGAAGAGUUUGAGCAAAAGUCCUCCGAGGCGAAGCUAAUCGCCAAAAAGCAACGGAUUCGAGAUCACAUCGGAUUUCGGUGGGUUGUGGAGGCCCUCGUUGGGGGCAAUCUGGACGGGCUCGGGCCAGAAGCAUUCGGUCCCUUGCGGAUGAAACUGAAAAAUCCAAAGUUCAGUGUCCAACAGUUGUCAGAGCAAGUGAAAGGCCAGCUCAAGAAGAACAGACCUGUGCUGGUCGGCCAUAAUAUGUUCUGUGAUCUGCUCUUCUUUUACAGCUGCUUCAUAGGCCCGCUACCAAACACCCUCAAAGAGUUUAACAGCGCCAUCCACACCUUGUUCCCCAUGUUGGCCGAUACCAAGUAUAUGGCAACACACGAGUGCGGCCUCGUGCCCCCACAAUCUUCGCUGGAAGAUCUCAACGUCAACCUGGCCCACUUGGAAGAUCCCAAGAUAGGCAAGUUCACAUCACCAUGGUCACAGAUGAGCAUAGCUGACCGUGCUUCCAGAGAUCGACCAGCGCUUCUCGAAGUACAAGUACCGCAGAUCCACCCACGAAGCAGGCUAUGA